ACCGAGGGUCAGUUUGCCUCACCAGGACACUUGUCUGUCUCAAUGUCGCCGGGACAAUCUCAAAUGUAGUUGACCGCAAGGAGUAUCACUGCAAAACUAUGGUUGCAUUGUAUGAAGCCACAUAUUGAAGCACUGGCAAAUCCAGUAGAGCAUAUAGACCUUCACUGUCACGGGACAGGGUGGCUACUCCCAGUCUAUUGACACUCUUUGACAGAUGCGACAGCGGGUUGAGAGUCGUGUUUCCCAAAUAUCAAGUCAGAGUUGAAGAAGAUGGGCAGACGAUGAAUAAGGUUUCUCAUCUCGGGCCUGUUUUAAGUCCCGGUGGCGGCCCUGACAAAUCCGCAACCCAACUAUACCAGUAUAAAACAUCGACCCCAGACGGAUUAAAGACAACAACAAACAUCUGCAUCUCUGUCUCUUACUUCACAACAUCUCAUUACUCUUUAACCCCCCAUACAAACAAAAUGAAGGUAGGAAUCGCAGGCAUCACUGGCAAGUUUGCCCGUCUUCUGGCCACGCACCUUCUGGCACACGAAGAAGCCAACAUCAAGGGAUUCUGUCGCACUCCGUCCAAGGUGCCCGAGAGCAUCAGUUCAUCUCCCCGGGUCGAAUUGAUCCAAGGUGAAGCCUUUGACCGCGAGGCGGUUCGCUCCUUUGUUCAGGGCUGCGACGUCGUCGUCUGCUGCUAUCUGGGCGAUGACGAGUUGAUGGUUGAUGGCCAGAAGCUGCUCAUCGAUGCCUGUGAUGAGCUCCAGGUUGCCCGCUACGUGGCGAGUGAUUGGGCCCUGGACUAUACAAAGCUGCAGCUGGGCCAGCUGUUCCCUAAAGAUCCCAUGAUCCAUGUCAAGGCGUAUCUGGAGACAAAGACCAAUGUCGCUGGAGUUCAUGUUCUCAUUGGCGGAUUCAUGGAGCCGGUGUUGAGCCCCUUUUUCAAUAUCCUCGAUCCUAGCACCAUGACCUUUAGGUACUGGGGUGAGGGAGAUGAGAUCAUGGAGGGAACGACUUAUGAUGAUGCGGCUCGCUAUACGGCGACGGUUGUCUUGGAUUCUACUGCCACCGGAGUUCUUCGCUUUGUCGGUGGCCGUGCCAGCAUCCGCGAUAUUGCUAGCUCGUUUGAGAAGGUGUAUGGAGUGAAGCCCACUCUGGAAAAGCGCGGCUCGUUGGACGAGUUGUAUAAGCAUAUGCACGCCCUGCGAUCUGAAAACCCGCAGAACAUCUACGGAUAUAUGGCCCUCUUCUUCUACUACUACUGGAUCAACGGCCAGACAUUUGUCGGCCCGCAGUUGGACAACGCCCGGUAUCCCGAAAUCAAGCCUGUGGAUUGGGAGGGAUAUAUGUCCAAGUGGCCGGUUGACAAGCUACCCACCUCCUACUUUGCGCUGAGCAUGUAAUGUGGCCGCCGGACUAUGUGAAGCCAUCACCGUGUAUAGAAUAUUAAAUCAAUCUGAAGAUUUCAAGUAAUGUCAAGGUGGCGGUAAUAAUGUAACAGUGCU